AUGCCCUCACUGAGGAUCGGCGCAAUCGGAUUGUUAUUGAUUGCUUAUCGAUUUACAACUUCAUUAAAUCCAUGCAUGGUCGAUCGAGACGCAUGCGUUCCCAUUGAGGAUUUUGAGGUGAACUGCACAUGCAUUCUCAUCUCUGGUGAACCGAUUAACGCUACUGAUGACGUCUUUAUGUACUUCAUGGGCCAUCAGUUUCCCUUCUAUCUAUUCAAACAGCUGAAUGUACGGAUACCGUCAGCCGAUGAUUUUGAAACGUCGCUCGAUAUGCCAGAAACGAUCUACAAAAAUCUUCGUUUCGAAGAAAAUAUGGCACUUUUCUUAGUAAACGCUUCAAAAAGCACUGCAAUUAUUCGGAUGCUCAUAAACGAAAGUUAUAUUCGCACUCGGGAUAUGCGGGAGAACUCUGAGAAGUGGUGCGUCGAAGGUGUAUAUGCACAAACAGUGGACCUUCUCCACAUUGUAGAAUUGGGUGGCCAAUCUGUGGUUGCAGUGUCCUCGGUGUACGCUGAGUUUGACGUGCCAAAGGUUCAUCGAAUCGUUUGUGAAAACAAGUGUGGGCGAUUUUAUUGGAACGAAGGCAUAUUAUGUCGACAAAAAUGCUCCCAAGAGUGA